AUGAAGGAAAACGCGCCUCGUCAUACCGAGGAGGAGUUUGGCCGGCGUCGAGAUGACUUGAACGUCGAGAUUCUCCCGGGCACGGAGAUUAUGACUGGUUCAGCAAAAGAUGCUGACGACCAACAAUCAACCGGAACCGGCCACUUUGUAUUGGUCCCCCAACCGUCCAACUCGCCCGACGAUCCGCUCAACUGGUCUCCCUUUUGGAAAGCUUCAGCCAUUAUUGCAACCUCGUCCCUGACGUUUACGCAAGGCUUUGCCUCGCUGGCCCUGGCACCAAUGUUUCCAUUCCUCAUGGAAGAGUUUGACCGAUCGUUGGCAGAUGUCAUCAAGUUCACAGGUGUUAUCAUCUUGAUUCUGGGAUUCAGCAACUUUUUCUGGCAAGUAGCACCGUCUCGGAGAGAUAUUUCAGGUCAGCCGAUAAUCCUAACAAUAUCCGUCCUCAACGGUUUCGGUGCUGGUCCAGCCGAGACUAUCCAGCCUACCGUCACAGCAGACUUGUUCUUCCUAAACGACCGUGGCAAGUGGAAUACCCUGUACUGGGUCAUCUACAUGGGCUCACUCAUGAUUGCACCCGUGGUUUCCGGCACAAUGGCCCAACGCAGCGGGUGGCCCAGCUUCUUCUGGCUGUGCUCGGGAAUGACUGUAUUGUCGCUCAUCAUGAUUGCUUUUGGUUUCCCCGAGACCAUCUGGCAUAGAAGCAAGAACAUUGCCGUCAAUGGAAAAGGCGACUGGUACAACAAGACCACCGACGUUCAACUCGAGGACAUCACUCGCAGCCCAACAAACCCCAGCCUGCCGGAGCAAUUCUUGGUCGGAAGCGGCAAGCCGAGUCGUGGGCAGUGGAAAAUCUUCCAGACAGCACCUGUGACAUGGAGAAAGAUUUGGAACGAGCUUUGGAUGCCCUGGAGGCUAUUCGCGUUUCCCAUUGUCUUGUUUGCCUCGUUUGCCGUCAGCUGGAGCUGCAGCGGCCUGCUCAUCAUCAACCUGACGCAGUCGCAAGUAUUCUCGGCUCCUCCUUACAACUGGUCCGCGGAGCAGGUUGGAUUCACCAACCUGCCUCUCUUUGUUGGUACCUUCAUCGGCCUCUUCACUGCCGGGCCCUUCAGCGACUGGGUUUGUGCCAGGGCGACUGCUCGUAAUGGCGGAGUUCGCGAGCCCGAGAUGCGUCUGCCCGCCAUGAUACCCUAUCUCAUACUGAUGAUGCUGGGGCACAUCAUCCCCGCCGUAGGCUAUCAGCAAAAGUGGCCGUGGCAGCCAAUCGUCAUGAUCGGGUAUACUUGUACCGGCAUCCAAGUGGCAGCCCUUCCGAGUAUCGUUAGCACCUAUGCUGUUGACAGCUACAAGCCGGUAGCAGGAGCGCUAUUCGUGGCCAUCACGGUGAACAAGAAUGUCUGGGGAUAUGGCAUGGCCGAAUUUGUCACUUCGUGGAGCGAACAGUCGGGGUAG